ACAUUUUUGUUGUUUGUUGUGAUCAUGUGAUGGUGCACAGAUGUGGUGUUUGGUGAUUGAGGUUAUGUUGUGAUAAUUUUCUGAUUUGAUUUUAAUUUUGGCAAAAUACAUUAAAAAACGAAAACGAAAUAUGGAUACCAAGACAAAUAAUAUAAGAUACCCGAAAUCUGUUUUAACAUUGUAUCUAAAACUUUAUUGCAAAAGAAGAAACAAGUCUAAUAAAAUGUUGGAGGGAAUACAAUCAUGGAUUACUCUUAGCAAGUCCGAAAAGCAAAAAUUUUAUAAAAAGUAUAAAGAAUGCCGGUUAAAUCAUAAGAUUAAAUUAGCCAAUUACUUGAGCAAGACCCAGCCUUUUAUGAAAAAAAAGGAAACUAAAAGUUAUAACAAAACAACUGGUGGUAGUCAACCCAAAAAUGAUCAACGAGAAAAUCCCAAAAAUGUGACAGAACAACAACAAUGCAACAGUGACCAAGCAGUAUGGGAGGAAGCAAAAUUGGAAGGAUCUGUAGAAGAAACUGCUAAUGAUUUGGAAGAAUCCAACAGACUAAUUGAUCCUGAAACCAGUAUUGAGCACAACCUUGACAUUGGUGUAAACAAUGAUGAAAUUAUAUGUGACAAUCCUUCAAAUACGGAAAGCAGUUCGCCAAGUAGGGAUCAAUCAAGGCCUAAAUUGGCUGAACCAGCUCCUCCUAGUGUAAGAACCGCAAGAGAACUUUUUGAAAUGUUAAGAGGUACAGGUAAAGCUGAAGUUAUGAAUGAAGAAUCAUGGGCCAAGCUGCCAAGUCAACAGAAAAGUCGAUAUCAACGUGCUCUGCGAUUGCUCAAAUGUGACUACAUCCAGAAGUAUAAACAAUACUUAGAAAGUUUAUCUUCAAAAGAACUUUUCCACUGUUAUAACAACUUUUUUGAUUGAAUAUAGGGCCUCUAUCCAGAAAUAAAUAUGAGAAUUAGUUUUGGAAAGAACUUUUCCAUUGUUACAUU